CAGGUCGGGUAAUCAUGCUGCAAAUACACUUUGUAUUUUGUAUUUUCCUUAAACAUACCACUGCAUCACAUAAGAUUCCUUGAGAUAUAUAAUACUGUGACAUUCCACUCUACCAUACAGGAAACAGGAUCCGUUUUCUUCAAAUCAAAACACACUCAUGGGAGAAGCACGUGACUUGCUUUGUCUUUUUGUAUUUACAAGGCAAAACCUUAACCUUUGGAAAUUCAUGAAGAUAAGGAGCUAUCACCUUAAACUACCCAAACUCCAUUCACCACACAACACAACACAAAACAGAUUCUUUAAAAGGAUGGGGAGUAUGAAUAUGGAAGGAAACAAUCUAGAGAUAUUUGAAGUUGGCCCUUGUGAAAACAGCUACCAGCUUGGGUUCUUGAUUGGUCAGAGGUUCUCCAAACUCAUAACAAGCAGGUUGGCCACUGACCUCAUUCUUCAAAACCAACUCCUCCCCUUUGCUCACUCCCCGCUUUCGACCCCUCUCAUCCAUUCCUUGACUGAAACCAACCGCAAGGCGUUCCCCGCCUAUUGGGAUGAGCUCCGGGGAACUUCUGAUGGGAGCGGCGUGCCUUUUCUUCAAAUUUUACUACUCAACUUCAGAAAAGAGAUACUUCCAUUUAUUCGGAACGAGGAAACACAGCCAGAGGAUUAUAAUAAUAUUAAUAAUGAUGAUUGUUCGGACAUUCUUGUUGUGAAUGACUCCAUGGCCAUUGCAGCUCACAACGAGGAUGCAAAUGUUGCACUCGUUGGUCACACAUAUUUGAUAAAGGCAACGUUAUUUGAUGGAACAACAUUCACUGCAUACACCUAUGCAGGAGAGCUGCCAAGCUGUGCUUUUGGGUUCAAUAACCAUGGAGUGGCAUUUACCCUGAAUUCGGUGCCCCCAACCGAGGAGGAGAUUGUGGCUGGUGGCAUCGGAAGGAACUUCAUCUCCCGAGACUUGCUUGGAUCGAAAAGCAUUGAUGAUGCCCUGACUAGGAUUUCCUCAUUAGAAGCAUCUGUCGGGCACAGCUAUAACUUGAUAGAUACAAGGACUAGGAAGAUUCUGAAUGUCGAGACAGCAUCGAGGUACAGAGUAUCGGUUCUUGAGGUCGGAGAAACGCCAUUCUUUCACGCCAAUAUGUACCUUCAUCUUCAUGUUAACCAGGCACAUGACAAGAACUCACUAAGCAGGCAGAAAAGAGCAGCUUCAUUGCCAAAAGGAUCAAAAAGCGAUUAUCUAGAACUCCUGGGAGACAUGCAUGAUAAAAAGUACCCAAUUUACAUGACAGGUCCAUUACUUCACACACUUUGCACAGCUGUGAUCGACAUGGAUGAAAGAACCCUGUCAAUUAUUCAAGGGAACCCAAAGAAGAACGGUCCAUCCUAUGUCUUUUCAAUGUCCUAAGGGCAGCAGCUAUAGCUAAGUAAGUGUUGGGUGUUAGUCGGGUAGGCCGAGUUCAGUCCCUGCUCGAUUCGAGACGUGACGUUGUGGCUUACCAUGGAGGGAUGUGGUUAAAUGGUUAAUGUCCACCUACUUAUCACCAAUUGAUUUUAAGUAGGAUAUAGCAACCAGAUAGCCAAAGAACUCUGUGGUUAAACGUGCUUGACUUACAUCAGUCACAGGAUGGGUUAAGGAAAUUUUAUGAUAUAUUGACUGCUGGGUGACCCCCUGGGAAGUAAGCAAAGUAUGUGAGGUUAAUAUUGUGAAUGUGAAAUGCUUAAGGAAAUUUUAUGAUA